GAUACACACAAUUCGACCGUUACCUUCUAUUUCUUAAUUCCCAAACCAAAAACACCCCAUUUUCUCUCAUUCGUCUCUUCCAUCUUCACAAGAAAAACACCAACAGCAAAAUCUCACUGAUAGAAAUGGCAGUGGAAUACGCCUUCGCCGACGAGGAAAUGGUGAUCGAUGAGGGUCUCGGAUACCCCAGAGCCUAUGCCAAAAUAUGCCGGGGCCGUAGUCUUGGUCCCUACCCCCAUGGCCCUCCUUUCACCUUCAUUCCUUACGUUUUGCACCAAAACGAGAAUCUGAGAGCAAAGGAACUGGAUGAACUGUUCCCACUUAUUGAUCCAAAGGCAAGACCAUCAGCCAAGCCAAAAAUCUUCAUUAAUCUCUUGUGGAAGCAGCUUAGUCAUUUAGGGAACGCGGGGUUUGAUCCGGAAGUAAUCCGAGUGGAUCCGUACGGAAAUGUCCUGUAUUACCAUGCUGACUCAGCUUCGCCUCUUUCAUGGGACAUUGAUCACUGGUUUCCUUGUUCAAGGGGUGGAUUGACGGUUGCAAGUAAUCUGCGGAUACUACAAUGGCAAGUGUGCAAGAAAAAGUAUAACAAGCUGGAAUUUCAAGUUCCUUGGUGGGAUUUCCAGUUGGGGAUUUCUGUGAACCAGUUCUUAUCAAUUUUCGCUUCUCGAAACUCCGAUUUCAGGCACAGGGCAUUUUCCUUCUUGUUUGCAGAAGGUGAAAAUGAGGAAAUAAAUGCUUCUCAAACAGUGGAUUCACAUUCUUUCCCACAGCAUUUUAUCAAGUCAAAAGAUGAAUUCGGGCUUGCCCCAGCUGCUGUUGUUGUAACUCGGAAGGAACUAUAUGAUUCUUCAUCAGCUUUAAAAUCACUGGAUUACAACAGGCAGAUAAGGCCAGAGUCUCCUAUUAUAGCUGCUAGGAAAAUGAAAGGUAGCAUUUUGAAGGAAAAUGAAAACCCAGAUUUUGUUACAAACCCAUACCAGGCCAUUGUAAUGGCCAGAGAUUCACUGAAACAAAGGGAAGAAACAAACAAAAUGCAAGCCGAAAUCCAGAAGUUGGAUGCUGAAGUGAGUGAAAUGAGGAAGAAAAACGAUGAAGAAAAGUUUGCCAUUCAAGACUUGGAAGCCGAGCUGAUAAAGCGGCGCAGAAGGGCCGAAAAGUGCAGGCGGCUGGCCGAGGCUCAAUCUUCAUACCGGACUAUGCUGGAAAAGAUGAUUCGGGAUGCCAUGCACCAGAGUGUUGUUUACAAGGAACAGGUAAGACUGAACCAGGCUGCUGCCAAUGCUCUCACCGCAAGACUCGAAGCGCAAAAGGCGAUAUGCGAUGCCUCGGAGAAGGAACUUCACAAGAAAUUUAAACAACGAGAUGAGCUCGAGAAGCAGAUAAGGCCGGAACUGGAACAUGCAAGGAAGCGAUCUCGAACCGAUACUUUCUUCCAAGGACAAGAUAGCAAAACUGUUCUUUAUCUACCAGGAAUCAGGCCAAUGACACCUUCACACAAGGAGCUAAGGGUGUUUCUGGAGGAAGAGCAUAAGGCAUCUGUAGCUGGUUUAUCUUCAAAUGAAGAUCAAAAGCAUGAAGAAAUUGAGGAGGAACUCGCAAUUACAGCAAGAAAUGCCCUCAAACAUAAGCGAGAGGAGCAUAAGGCAUCUGUAGCUGGUUUAUCUUCAAAUGAAGAUCAAAAGCAUGAAGAAUUUGAGGAGGAACUCGCGAUUACAGCAAGAAAUGCCCUCAAACAUAAGCGAGAGGAGCAUGAUAAAGCCAUAGCUGGUUUAGAAGAUGAAAGACCAAUUGAGCAGAAGUUUGAAAGACUUGAAAUAAAAGAGGAGAGACAAGGAAUUCGAUACCCAGUCAUCAAAGGAGAGGAAGACGAAGAAAGUCGGAGGCAGCGCGGAAAAGGGAAUGUAGAUAGGUGGCUCCAAAUGCUGUUAGAGAACAGUCAAGAAGAAUUGGAGCCUCAAAAUGACAAUGUAGAUGCAGAGGAAGUGAGUGGAACUGAUGACAUCAUAAAAAAGCUAGACCUCAAGUAUCCCCUGAAAGAGAAGAAAGAAGAUAAUAAUGUUAAUGUAGAAGGCAACAAAACACCAAGGAGAAAUAGCAAUGCUAGUGAAGUCAUCGGAAGCCGAAAAGAAAGAGUUCUUAAGAGGUCGGAGAGCGCCAGGGCCUUUCGACGAAUCCCAUCUUCACCAUCUUUGAUCUUGGGAGGUAUGAAGAAAGGAGUGGAAUGCAUAAGGAAGAAGCCAAUAGUAGCUAGUGACGAUGAACAAGAUUAUUAUGCUGUGGGAAACAACUUCAUCAAAUCUUCCUUCAAAACAAUAAAGAAGGCAGUGAAAAUAUGAGCCAGUGAUGCCUAUCUCUUGAGUUUAUUUAUCUUCAUUCUUUCUACAUCGAGGUGAUGUAUAUUUAUAUAUUGAUUUGCUAAAAGUAUGUAUCAAGUUGAAUAAUUGAGUGAAUGUAUGUAUUUUCAAUUUUGAUUAUUUUAUAACAGCUUGUUGUUUUGUUUA